AUGACUUCGCGGACUCCGACAGACUCCGUCGCCCAUGCCGUGACCGCCAUGAAACUGGAGCGCGACUCCUCCACCGACUCGGGGGGCUCUGAAGGGCAUUCUGCCACGAUGAACGGCCAUCCAGCUUCUGAUCAGCAAGGCGUGGAGAAGAAAGAAGAGUCGCCUGCUAAAGAUGAGCUUCAAGACAAAGUCGGCGGCGACAUCUCCGUCAAACUCGAGCCUGGUCUCCCUCCCAAGCUCGCGCGUUCGGCUUCCACCAAAGUCAUCCCCAGGCCACCUGCCCUGUUCUCCCAUCUGCCAGACAGCACCAAGGAGGCCCAGGCAACCUUUGAUGUGAUGACUGAUUGUGCCUAUGCAAAUAAGUAUAUGGGGUACACUGAACAUGCUAUGGAAUGUGACUGUGCUGAGGAGUGGGAUACUUCUACCUCAAUAAACCAUGCGUGUGGUGAGGAUUCGGAUUGUAUCAAUCGUGCAACUAAGAUUGAAUGCGUGGGCGACUGCGGCUGUGGCCCAGGCUGUCAGAACCAGCGCUUCCAACGCCGCGAGUAUGCUAGUGUCGCCGUCAUCAAGACGGAGAAGAAGGGCUUCGGCCUGCGUGCAGAAACGGAUCUGCGCCCCCAUCAGUUCAUCUUCGAGUACGUCGGCGAAGUCAUUAACGAGGCCCAGUUCCGCCGGCGGAUGAGGCAGUAUGACGACGAGGGCAUCAAGCACUUUUAUUUCAUGUCGCUCAGCAAGGGCGAGUUCGUGGACGCCACUCGCAAGGGCAACCUGGGCCGCUUCUGUAACCAUUCCUGUAACCCCAACUGCUACGUUGACAAAUGGGUGGUCGGCGAGAAGAUGCGAAUGGGCAUCUUCGCUGAGCGCGCCAUCCGUGCCGGCGAGGAGCUUGUCUUCAACUACAAUGUCGACCGCUACGGCGCCGACCCCCAGCCCUGCUACUGCGGCGAGCCCAACUGCACCGGAUUCAUUGGCGGCCGCACUCAGACCGAGCGCGCCACCAAGCUAUCCCACGCCACCAUCGAGGCCUUGGGUAUUGACGAUGCUGACGCUUGGGACACCGCCGUUGCUCCCAAGCAGCGCGCUCCUCGUAAGCGCAAAACCGGCGAGGCCGACGAGGAGUAUGUCGACAGCGUCCAGCCCCGCUCGCUUGACGAGACCGGUGUCACCAAGGUCAUGGCCGCUCUCAUGCAGUGCCAAGAGAAGUGGAUUGCUGUCAAGCUGCUGGGCCGUAUCCAGCGCUGCGACGACGAGCGGGUCCGCAACCGCGUUGUCAAGAUGCAUGGCUAUCAGAUUCUGAACUCCCAGUUGGCCCUGUGGAAGGAAGACUUCAACGUCGUGCUCCAGAUCCUCGACAUCCUCGAAAAAUUCCCUCGCCUCACCCGCAACAAGAUCAUCGAUUCCAAAAUCGAGGCCACCAUCGAACCCUUGAAGACCUGCGGCGAUGAACGUGUCCAGACCAAGGCCUCCGCCCUACUUGACGUCUGGGCCACCCUCGAGGUCGGGUACCGUAUCCCGCGCAUGAAACGCGACCCAACCACAACCACCAUCAAUCAAUUUGAACGGCGCGAAUCGCGCAACGACCGGGCUCGGUCGCGGUCGAAAUCGAAAUCCAGGUCUCGGUCGAGAUCCAGAUCGAUAGAUGCACCUCGUGGCCCAGCGGCUCAAUCUCGUGGCGCCAAUGGCAGUGGGAGCCAACGCAACCGCAAUGGGCCCCGGGCUUUCCGCCGCCAGUUUAGACCUCUCCCGGCAGGAUGGUUUGCAGCUGAAGACAACGGCCGCACAUACUACUAUUCGGCGCGUGGGGACACAACCUGGCGCCGGCCAACGAAACCCGCUCCGCAGCCGCCCAGUGUGGCCGAGACCCGGAACAAGGCGCUGCAGGACAUCAUUGACGGGAUCGUGAAUGCCAAGGAGGAGACGCCCAAGGAGAAACAGCCGACCCCGGGCACGCCCCAGGCGGCCAAGCCGGUUGAACCCCCUACUGAAGUCAAGGAGGCGAAAUGGAAGAGCUACCCCGAGGACAGGCAGAAAAAGCUCUACGAGAACACACUCUACCCUCAUAUCAAGUACGUCGUGGACAAGUUUAAGCAUAAACUGCCCAAGGACGAUUUGAAGCGCUACGCAAAGGAGAUUGCCAAAAAACUGGUCAACUCCGACUUCAAAAACAAUCGCAUCGAAAACCUCCAUCAAAUUAGCGAGAAACAACAGAAAAAAGUCAAGCAAUUCUGCAAGGAGUACUUUGACAAAGCUGUUGUCAAACACCGCGAGUAUGAGAAGAAAAAGGCCGCCCGUGGUGAACUGGUGGAUGCCGAUGAAGAAGAGACAAAGACUCCUGAAGAGGAUGUUCAGUUGAAGAUCUCGGACGACGAGGGCGACGGCGAGGGCGAGGGCGAGGGCGACUGUGACGGCUCGCUGAAGCGCAAGCGCGAAUUGCGAGAGGUCGGAUCGCCUGCCAAACGUCAGAAAUCGUUCACUCCCCCACGGCUCGACGACAAGAUGAAUGGUAUCAAGGUCAACGGUGUCGAGGAUAGUGUUCACUCCAACGUCAAGGCUAACGUCGACAUCGACGGUGCCAACGAUAUCCCAACCCCCCCUCCUCCGCCGCCUCCUCCCCCUCCCCCUCCGCCGACUGCUCCGGUGGAGAGUGACGAGGAGUACGAGAGCGAUUUGGACGGGAUGGAUCUGGUGACUAUUCCGUCGCACCCGCGUGUGAUGAACGAGUGA